AUUCUCACAUUGACACCUACACUACCUAUUUUGUUCUACAAAUCUCACAUUAGCAAGCACGAUGCCGCCGAAGCUCCAAUUUAGCGACAUCUGGCUGCCAUGCCUUCUCCUUCUCGUUUUCUGGGCCCGCCCAACACAUGCCUUCGGUGCUGGUAACAUCGCCAGCCUGAGUGCCAUUGAGGGGCAGAACUGGCGCCAUGGAGACAUCGAGGACACACUGCUCACCCUGCUCAUCUCGAGUCGCACAGGCAAGAAGUUUAGUAAGAUGGAUGUCAAGCGAGUCUACUUUGGCAACUGGCUGCGCGACUACUCGCAAGCUGUCGAUGUCGGCACCGUCAAGAUGGUGUCUGCUGAGGCUAUUCGUAUCUUGCUCUGGGUGCUGGGCUUCCUGAGCUUUGGAUACGGUACUAAGGAGUUCGAGGUUACCAGGGAUAGGCUGGGCUGCUACCGUCCUGAGGAACACAUCGACAACCCUAAGGACUAUGCCGACAACCUCGAUGCCCGCGACUACGAUCGCCGCCUGCGAGGACCCGUCGAUGAGCGCCGCGAGCUCAGCGUUGACGAGCGCACCGGUCUCAAGAAUUACAUUGCGUCUGAGGAUCUGGGUAUCACUACAUCGGCCGGCAUGGUCCGCGACCUGCUGAGGCGCUGCAUUGAUCUUGGUCGCCGCUCGGGCGGACGUGGCCCUGACUUCUACGAGGCUCUCCGUCUGCUCGGCACUGCGACUCACUGCUUGGAGGAUUACUCAGCGCAUUCGAACUACACUGAGCUGGCUCUGAUUGAGAUGGGAGAGCGGGACAUCUUCCCUCACGUCGGACGCAACGCUCGCUUCCAAGUCCGCGAGGCCCGCAAAGAGGUCUACCCGAUUGUCACUGGUACCUUUGGUGGUGUGGACUUCUUGCACUCCGUCUGCGGUGAAAUCACCGAUAAGACUACACAGUCUGAGCUGCAGGAGCUUGAAGGCGCCAUCACAAAUGCCGACAGAACAAAGAACAAGAGCAAGAUCAAGGACCUGUUGAGCCAGCUUCCUGAUGGCAUCUUCGGCGGCAAAGACCAGUCUGGCAAGGCAGACGAGCUUGAGGAGAACGCCAAUGCUGCGGCUAUGGGCAACUUGCACGUCACACCCAAGGAGCCUGAGGCUUUCACUCAGCAGGUCGGCGAGAUGGUUAAACAGAUCUACCCUAUCAUGGAGUUCCACGACGAGAUCAUGCAGGCUAUUAACGAGUUUGUCGAGAAGAUCCCUGUGCUCCCUGAACUUAUCGAACAAGUUCAGGAUCAGGUCUCUAUCUUCGUCUUCAGCCUGCUCGCUCCCUACGUCCUUCCCAUCUUGAGCCAGGUCAAGACUGAGCUUGAGGAGGGCUCAUCCGAGGUCAUUGCAAGCUCGCGCGAGAAGCAGCACAUCGUCUUCAACGAUGACGAGUCCACCGACCCAACCCACUCCAUGUUGUCUAAGGAUCACUUCUCCAACCUGUUGAAUGAGCCCGCUGGGAAGGUCGCUUCUGCUGUUCUCAGCUGGGCAGUGCCACAAAUUGUCGAGUGCUGGGACGGCCAAGCCGAUCCCGAGGAGACCAUCAGCCGUAUCAUCGAUGGUGUUUUCCACCACCCUGCUUGUUUGCGUGGAAAUGUUCGCGGUUCCGACCAGUGCCGCAACAUCAUGUACGGCACCGUGAAGAGCUGGUGGGACAGCAACUCUGAACGCAGCAAGGAUGACCUGCGUCAGAAGCUCAGCCGUCGUGGUGUGCAGAACGGUGACAACCAUAAGCCGGGAGUGGAGGACAAGGGUCACGGAUGCGGCAAGCCUCUUGGUAUGGCUAACGACUUCGGCAACGUCAAGGGAGGCAAGGGACCCAACCAGGUACCUAUUCAGCAGGCUACCGAUCAUGUCGCUAAGCUUGCAAGUGAAGCUGCCGGAGGUGGUGCUCUUGGUGGUCUUGUUGGUGGUCUUGUCUCCGGUGUCGGUAGCUCACUCCUCGGUGAUGCUUUCGGUGGCAAUGAGAAGAAGAGCAGCAGCAACCAAAGCUAUGGCCAGGAUGGUUCCUACACUCAAUCUUAUUCCGAGACUGGUCACCACAAGAAAUCAUCAUAUGGCGACUCUGAGCGUUACGGUCAAGCUCAGUACCAGCAGACGCAGUACCCCGGUGGUGGGCGCCGUGAGGAGUACCGCCGCCAGGAGCGGGAUCAGCAGGGAGGAUCCUACAGCUACCAGCAGGAGGUCGAGACUUCCAGCUACAGCAGCGGUGGUGGUUACGAGCGCCGCGAGGAGCGUCGUGUGCAGAGUGGCAACGAGUGGCAGUCUGAGGAGCGUCGCGAAGGCUUUGACCGCCAAGGACAGUACUAUAAUGAAGAGAAAGAGCGACGCGGUAAGUCUCACGAAUCCAAGAAAGACGACUCGGACGACGAUGAUGAAUCCGGCGGCGAGGAUUCGUACGGGAAGCGCCAGAAGAAGGAGCGCAAGAGGCGCGAGAAAGAAGAGAAGAAGAAGAGGAACAAGAAGAAAUAUGGUAGUGGCGACGAAGACUCGGAUGACGAUGCUGACAAGCGUCAUUCAGGUUCCGGCGAGUACAGACGCCGCUCUCGCUCUCGCGAGCAGGAGCACAGGCGCAAGAAGAGCAAGAGCCAGUCCCCCAAGCGCCACUCUGGAAGCUACGGCCAGUCCCAUGACUCUGGUGGCUAUGGACAGGAGCGCAGGUACGGUGAGGAGAGCCAGGGCGGGUAUAGUGGACGUCCUGGAAGCUCCGGCUAUGGUCGUCAAGAAGAGUCCGGAUACGGUCGCCAGCAAGAGAGCUCGGGCUACGGUCGUCAAGAAUCCUCAGGCUAUGGAGGCGAUUCAUAUGGCGCUGGCGGCAGCUACGGCGGAGGACGUCGCCACGGUGGUGAGGAGUCUUUCGGCGACGACAGAAUGCCAGGCGGUUUCGGUGGUGACAACGAGCAUCGCCAGCGAGGCUUCGGCGAAGAGCACCACGGCCGCCGCCGCGACGAUGACGAUGAGUACGGCAGCCGCAGGCAGGAGGGUGGCGGCUACGGCCAGGGUGGCUAUGGAGGUGGUGACUACGGAGGCCAGGAGGAGAGCUAUGGCCGCAGGUACUAGAGUGCGGGAGCGUUGAUGCAUCGUGCAUUGAUCGCGUUGCAUUUGAGUAUCUUUGGAGCACCUUAUGGCAUAUGCACGUCUGUUUAGCGUGGCAUGGCCUGCCUUUGAUGAUUGAUGAGAACCUUGAUAGACGUGCAGUGUAGUUACACACCUAUGAAAAGUCCAUUGUACU